AUGGGUGAAAAACCAUUGCAACAAAUUACCAGAAGGCUUACUGAGUAUGAAUCCAUAGUCGAUAUACGACAGCAAAAGAAUGUGCAAAAAAUUGAAUUAUGUGCUAGUAAAACUCAUUAUAAUGGAAAUUUAGCAGGUAACCGCGAAUAUUGCUCUCAGUAUAAAAUCCUGUCAAAUAACAUCAUCAAUAUAAACGUAGCCGAUACUAGAAAUAACUGUAAUAUGCUUAAGAAUAAUACUGAUAUUAAUGUUGUUAAUAUUAUAAAAAGUAAUGGAAGUUUGUAUUUGAUAGGAAAAUUUCAUAGUGGUACCUUGCCCUCUCCAAAAUCAAAGACGGUUAAUGAUGAAUCUGCAACAAAUGGAAAUGAUUUGAGCAAGGAAGUUAAAAAGAUUAAUUUUGGAGAACUGCCAAAACCAAUAUCAAUUAAUACAGCGAUAGAUACUCUAGAAACAAACAGGGCACCUGUGCCCAAAAAGGUGAUUACGGUAAAAUUGAGAAAGCUUGAUAAUUUGGAGACAUUCAAAGCUGAACUGCAGUCAGUCGACAAAAGCGCAGAUAAAAGAACUAAGGGUUUUUUUGAACAUGAGAAGUUUUCGACUAGCCAGUUCAGAAGUGUGUACAGCCUCUCAAAUUCUGUUCACCAGAAGAAAUGGAAAGUCAUGCUAUUUUUAAUUUUACCAAACUAGAAGAACUGAUAGAAAUUCGAUAGAUGAAAAAUAGAUAGUAUUCAUUGAUUCUCUAAUUCUAAGAAUUUCAAAAAUCACUAAUGUCAACAUGAUGCUGUAAGUAGACAAUAAUUAGGAUUCUUUACUCUGAUUAUUUUCAUUUGUUUUUUUUCAACUUUAUCAUUUCAAUCAAUAGAUUGCAAACGUGAAUGACACGUACAAGUAAAGCAGUGGAAUACUUAUUGAUUUUCACAGGGUCUUUUGUUACUUUAGGAUAAACUCCACUAAUGAGAACUUAAGUAAACAUUUUAAUCUGUGCCAAGAAUGGAUUGUUCCGGAUAGCAGAACAAAGGAAAA